AUGGCUUCUGGUGCGAUUGAACAGCGGAAUCAGGAUGCCACGGUGUAUUGCGGCGGUCUGGACGAGAAAGUGACGGAGGAUUUGCUCUGGGAACUGAUGCAGAAUGUAGGGCCCGUGGUACACGUACAUAUGCCCCGAGACAAGGUAACGGGCAUGCACCAGUGCUUCGGCUUCGUUGAGUUCCGCUCAGAAGAGGACGCCGACUACGCCGUGAAGAUCAUGAACAUGGUGCGCAUGUACGGGAAGCCUCUGCGGGUGAAUAAGGCCUCUCAGGACAGGAAGACGGUGGACGUGGGGGCCAACCUCUUCAUUGGAAAUUUGGCGGCCGAGGUGGACGAGAAGGAUCUCUACGACACAUUUUCAGCUUUUGGAGGUAUCACGCAGCCACCUAAAGUGAUGUUUGAUCCCGACACAGGGCACACGAAGGGUUUCGGCUUCGUCUCCUUUGACAGCUUCGAGGCGGCGGACUACGCGAUCGAGUGCAUGAACGGAGCAUAUUUGGGCGGACGCCCAAUCUGCGUUCAGUACGCCUACAAGAAGGACAGUAAGGGCGAGCGGCACGGCUCCCAAGCAGAGCGCCUGCUCGCAGCCUCCAACCAGCAGGCAGUCCGCUUCAAGGCCCACACCCUCUUCGCCACUGGGCCCGGGCAGAUCGGAACGGGCAUGGGCGCCCCCCCUCCGCCUCCCUCCAACACAGGGGCGGGCCAACCUCAGCACCAGCAACAGCAGUAUUUUCCCCCGCCGCCUCCAUUCGGGAUGCAGGGCAGCAUUCCCCCGCCUCCCCCUCCGCCUCCCCCCGGCUACGGUCACCAUCAGCAAUACUACGCGCCGCCCCCACCUCCGCCGCCUCCGCCCGCCAUGGGCAUGUACCAACCCCAGCAAUAUGGAAACGCUGGCCCCCCUC